UGCAGCGGCAAAUUGUGCCUAAAUUGGCAUUUUGGAGCUCUUGAAGCAUCUCAAUUGUGCGGCAGGAGGUCCUACAAGUCGACAAGCCGAGACUGACACAAGUCAUCUCUGCCUCUGUCACUUGAUCAGGAUUGCCCCCAGACGAAGACGAGAGCAUGGAAGAAGGCGUCUCGCAGAUGUCACUUGGCUCGCCUUCUGGCCCGGGAACGUGCAGCCGAGGGGGGAUUGCCGGUCUCAACUCUCGUGGUGGAAAGGGCAGAGGGGGAGGCAGAGCCGGCAUGGCAAAGCGGAAUCUGGCUUCGCUCGCGCCCGGAGGUCUCCCAGGGACAGAUGAUGGGCGAUCCUUCGGCCCUCGAGCAGGAGACGUUGGUACUCGGUCGCCUGCCAAUCAGCAGAUUCACAAAGAGGUGGCAGAGAACACGGCAGGGAUGAGCAAGCUAGCUCUGUUGGCGCAGAAGCGAAAGGCGGCUGCUGCUGCUGCAUCACAGCCUGCGGCCACAUUGAGUCCGAGCAAGCGGUCUCCCGAAACAGGAGCCGGAAUUGCAGCGACCCAGGCGGGAGUGGUGGCUGCGGGCGGCUCAGCUGCUGCGAUGCAGUCUGCUGACGCUGGCCGACCAAGCAAGCUGCAAGCGCUGGCUCAAAGUGGGCAGCCAAAGCAAGCGACACCUGUGUCUCAGACUGCAUCGCCAGCAUUGCCUGCAUCUGGGCCACCGACCGAUGCCAGCGGCAAGCCUCUGUCGAAGCUACAGCAGAAAGCCUUGGCUGCCAAACAAGAGCGGGAGAGAAAAGAGGCGCAGAAGCGUACUGCGGAGUCCGGGAUGCAAGGCGGCGAGGGGAUGGACAUUGACGGAUCGCACAACACUGUUGUAUCGUUAGAGGCCGACAGUACUCCCUCACGGCUGUUGCCGGGGGGUCUGGCAGAGCUCUCACUCUUUCCGACAAGAAUGUCGACGCCGUCUGCACACCCUCGGAGGUCAGAGGUUGGCGAGCUUCUAGCUCAGUCGACUGACCUGCCACAGCCAGAUCCUUCCACCUUCCUCAGCCUGGUAGCAGGAGACGAGGUGUCGAAGGCUGCUUUCGUCGAGCCGAGCCCUGAUGACAAGGUGGUGAAAGCGCGGCAGGGGACCAAGCUGGGUGCUUGAUUUCAACACUCAGGACUGCGGAUUUUGAGACGAAUCGUCAUACCUGUCUCCAAUUCUGGGACUGCCUCUGACAUUGCCUCAUGCCACUCUCUACGUAUUUAGCGACAGCAGCAAAAAAGUCAGGCACAUCAACCCCACAACAUCAACUCAAA